AUGGACAGUGCUGCUUUUUUCCUUGUAUUUUUUAUUGAUGGGUUCGUAACUGUGCGAAUACCUCAGGUCACAUGGAGAACCGAUUAUGAGCCAUUUGUCGUGGUACCACGCAAUGGGUUGCCAUCGUACGAUCAGCGAUUUGUAGGAUUUGGUUGGAAUAGAGUCUCACAUGUGAUGUCAUUAAAUAGCGCAGGGUCUGCUUUAAACGUUCCUAAUUGUUUUUGGUUCGAAUUUGUCGUUCUUCCUGACGUUUUCAUUGUUCAUCAGCCACACUUGCCGUCCAAUGAAAUAGCUCAGUAUCGUUCUUCAGCUUCCUAUCGAAAAUGCUUGAAAGCUUUGAAAGGAGAAUUUGUGCGCGACUUAAUUUGGGAACAAAAUCGAAAAAGAACAUUUUCCAUCAGUUCGUAA